AUGGCAUGUAAACCACCAAUAUAUAAUGGGGAAGUUGAUCCAAUAGUGUGCCAACGAUGGCUAAGUGAUAUCGAAGGGGUACUCGAGAGGACCCAUUAUGACGAAGAUGACUACAUAGCCUUUGGUACGGGUCAACUAAGGAGUCAAGCGAAAGAUUGGUGGGAUAACAAAAAGAGAGAGAUUGGUAGUGAAGCUGCUAAGGUCAUGACAUGGGAAGAGUUCAAGACGCCAUUCCUUAAACACCACAGCCCUAAGGCGGUCGUUAAUCGAAUCAAAGAAGAGUUCAUGCAACUCAGGCAUAAGGGUGAGAGCAGAGACAAGAUCACGGCAACAUUUAUGGAUAAGAUGAAAUUUUCCAACGACUUGGUGACGAACGAAGAACAAAAGAUAUACUACUACCAUAACAUGUUGAGUGCUAAGGAGAUCGAACUGAAAAAGAGCAUUGAAGGGGGUGAACGGAGGGCACAAGAUGUAAAUCCAAACCCUAACCAGAAAGCACGAACAAAUGAAACAGCGAAGAAAUCAGAUGCAAAAGCUGGGUCGCCAAGUUGUAAAAUUUGCGGGAAGGGUCACAAAGGCGAAUGCCGUUUCAAGGAUAAGCCUCGUCCCAUAUGCCGAAAAACGGGACAUAUGGCUAUAUCAUGUCCGAAGAAGGUGACUGUUUGUUACAAUUGUUACCGACCGGGUCACAAAAGAUCGGAAUGCCCAGAACUGGUUGGAAAGAAAUAUGGGCAAGAUUCGAAAAGUGAAGCCCCGAAAGCAAAAGCAAGAUCUUUCCAACUGACCAUUGCAGAAGCAAAAGUCGAACCUGACGUGGUCUCAGGAUUUCUCCAAAAUUGCCUUGCCAUUGACCAAAUUGACUCGCAAGGAGGAAAAGUUCGUGUGGGGCAUCGAACAAGACAAAGCCUUCCAAACGCUCAAGGAAAAGUUAACUCACGCUCCGGUGUUAACGUUACCGGAAGGAGUUGA